AUGUCUUUGGUCCAUGAGUCACCUGAGCAUAUAUAUGCAACACUCAAGGAGAACGUGCCAUUCAAGGCACGGUUGAUUGCCAACGCUUUACCAAUAGCAGGUACGGAAGAAGAGGGGUAUUCCCCUAUUUACCGAAAUGCAUACUCCACACACAAUUUAAUAUCCAGGUUGCAUCACUCCUUAGACACAUUGUAUACAUUGUUUGAAUUUGGUUAUAAAUUUACUGCUGAGCGAAAUGCGCUUGGAGUUCGAGAGAAGUUGUCAGAUGGUUCGUAUGGAAAGUAUCAAUGGCAAGACUACCGCACUAUUAGACAACGAAGUAGGAACUUGGGCUCAGGUAUAUUUUUUAUUUUGGAGAAUAACCCAUUUAGAACCAAGAGUGAAGUGCACCGGAAUUUGAACUAUGACCCAACUAGAAAGAAGGACUCCUUUAUCUUGACCAUAUUUAGUUCAAAUCGUCCAGAAUGGGUAUUAGCCGACAUUGCUAGCUUCACUUACUCCAUCACCAACACAGCCUUAUAUGACACAUUGGGUCCAAAUACCAGCAAAUAUAUUCUAGAAUUGACAGAAUCACCCAUCGUCUUGUGCUCCAAGGAGAAAAUUUCCAAGUUGAUAGAGUUGAAGAAGGAAAGUGACAGGAUGGACAAGUUGAUUGCUGUUGUAUCUAUGGAUAAGUUGGAAGGACCUGAAGGUUCUCAAUUGAAACGUUUUGCUGCAGCAAACCAAAUCGCCUUGUUUGACUACGAAUAUGUUGAGAAGCUCGGGGAAACAAACCAACUAACUCCUAUACCACCAACUCCUGACACCAAAUUCACAAUUUGUUUUACGUCCGGUACUACUGGAUCUGUACCGAAAGGAGUUGUAUUGACCCAUGAAAAUGCGAUUGCAGGAUUGGUUUUCAAAUAUGGGAGAGGUUUCAAAACUGGGACCACGAGAUUGUACUCGUACUUGCCUGCUGCACAUAUUCUAGAGAGAGCCAAUCUUGUCUACGGUGUUUGUGUUGGUGCAGAAAUUGGAUUCCCUCUGAGCAAGUCAACAAUGGCCUUACUUGAUGACGUCAGAGAAUUACAACCCACCAACCUUGCAACUGUACCAAGAGUGUUGUCAAAGUUGGAAGCAACAAUCAAAUCGCAAACAAUCCACAGUGAAAACCUAUGGACCAGGUACAUAUAUACCAAAGCCAUCACUGAGAAAUUGAGACUUCAAGCACAAGCUCUGGAUGAAGAUGCCAACCCCCCUCAUUUGGUUUAUGAUACCUUGCUUGAGACUUUUAAAAAAAGAUUGGGACUUGCCAGCGUUAAAACAAUAGCAACUGGCUCUUCACCCAGUAGUCCGGAGACAAUUAGGUUCAUAAAAGCCGCGUUGAAUGUUGGAGUAUCUAAUGGUUAUGGGUCGACGGAGUCUUUUGCGGGAUUUUUGUGUAGUAAACAAUUUGACCACGACCCAGGUUCGAUUGGUGCAAUUGGAGUGACAGCUGAAUGCAGGCUACGAGACAUCCCGGAAAUGAACUACACUUCCAAAGAUGCAGAAGGACCAAGAGGCGAGUUAUUGUUGCGAGGACCGCAAAUAUUCAAAGAGUAUUACAAGAACCCCGAGGCAACUGCUGAAUCAUUCGACAAAGAUGGAUGGUUCUGCAGUGGGGAUGUUGCACGUAUUGAUACCAACCGCGGCAAUCAAAUGUAUGUUGUUGACAGGGUCAAGAAUUUCUUCAAGUUGGCACAGGGCGAGUUUGUCACUCCUGAAAAAAUUGAACUUGUUUACUUAUCGUCAUGUCCGCAUAUCCAACAGAUUUUUGUUUACGGAACGUCACUUGAAUCGUACCUCAUUGGUAUUGUUGGCUUGGAUCCUGCAUCAAUUGCAGAUUAUUUAAGAAGCAGGUUUCACAAUGAAAUCGGUGUCAGGGAAGAUAUCCUCCGCUUUUUGAAUGACCCAUCGAACAAGAAAAUAUUCCUUAUGGACCUCAAUAAUGCAGUUAAGGAUCAAUUACAGGGAUUUGAAAGGAUACACAACGUUGAAGUAGACUUUGAUCCGUUAACGGUUGAGAGGGGGGUUAUUACACCGACUCAGAAGAUUAGACGGCCUCUUUGCACAAAGUAUUUUCAGGAAAACUUGGACAGAAUGUAUCAAGAAGGAUCAAUUUUGAGAAACGAAAAGUUGUGA